AUGGGUGCGUGGAGGAGAUUUAUGACGAAGAAGUUUGUAUCCGGUACCAUCGUUGGUGUGGUCGGCGGCGCGGCAGGGUACUGGUUCGUUACAAAGUCAAUCGAACAACGGACGGUUCUGAAUUCGUUCACCACCAACUACGUUCCAUCGCCCUGCGCUCGGUGGGAUUGGAACUGGGAUCACCGCGACCCGAAAAGUUUGGUGAAACCGUUAAAAAAAGUAAAUGACCCGGAAGCGCAGAACGACUACAACAAGGCGCUGGAACAGAAAAAAACUCGUGCUGUACGGCACUUGAUUCUGGUGCGCCAUGGGCAGUACAAUAUGGAGGGGCUGACAGAUAGCCAACGAACACUGACGGCUCUGGGUCGGAAGCAAGCCGCUGCGACUGGGGAACGGUUGAAGGAUUUGGGUCUCCCGUACGACCUAAUCGUCCGCUCGACGAUGACCCGCGCGCAAGAGACUGCCAAAAUUAUGAGUAAUUCGUUAACCCAGAUUGACUCGAUAAACUGCUCUAUGCUGGAGGAAGGUUCGCCGAUACCCCCUGAACCGCCAGUUGGCCACUGGCGCCCGGAAGCAUCGCAGUUUUUCCAGGACGGUGCUCGGAUCGAGAGCGCAUUUCGGAAGUAUUUCUAUCGAGCGGAUCCGUCCCAGACGUCGGACUCGUACACCGUUAUCGUGUGUCACGCUAACGUGAUUCGGUAUUUUGUGUGUCGCGCCCUACAAUACCCGGCCGAAGGAUGGUUGCGUAUUUCGCUUGGCCACGCGUCCAUUACGUGGGUUUCCAUCAGUCCGGAUGGCCGCGUGUCGUUGCGCACGCUUGGUGACUGCGGGCAUAUGAAGAAGGAGCUCCUCUCUCGAUAAGGCGUUCUGGUCGAGAUUUGAUUUAGUUUCGCGCAUUUUGAU